AUGGCAACCCAUUCCCAGCCGCCCUCUCAAGCCUGCUCCCCUGUCAAUCAAGGGGACAUGGGACCCUUCCUUCUGUCAGCCACUGCUGUCAAGCUUGGGGAAGUCUCCCUCAAGCAAAUCACCUGUCUCCUCCUUGGCCUCCUCAGCCAAGUCAAACGCCUUGAAUGGGAGAUCAUGGAAAUCAAGGAAGCAGGGGAUGGGCUUAAAAGCCUCCAGCCCCAUGGGCCCAGAACCCCAGAAGAUACCAAGCCCCUGGUUGUGGAAGCAACGCCACGCCCCUUAUCAAAAGCCAACCCUGUUGGCUUGACUAGCCAGGUCUCCUUCUGGCCCAAAUCUUCUAGAGGGCUUCCAGCCUUUGCCCAGCCCACUCCUGUGCAAGCAGUGCCCCUGAAAGUCCCUUCUUCCCCUCCAUCUCUGCAUCUCCAAUCCCCAAUUGGACACCCUGCCCCUCCUCCACUGGCUCCAGUUGCCACAUACCCUGCUCCUGUCAAAGUAGACCACCCAGAUGCCUAUACAGGCAAGGUUGGGAGCAAAGCAAAGCAAUGGCUCACAAGGAUACUGGCAUGGACCCGCCUCAACUCCCAAAUGUUCCCCACAGACCAAGAGGUCUUAUCAUUCCUUCUAAUGAACAUGAAGGAUUCUGUGGGAGCAUGGGCUCACCCCCACCUUGACCAGCUUGGAUCACACCAAGCAAUCAUUCAAACGGUUGAAGGUUUCAAGUUGGAGUUUCUAGCAGCAUUUGGCAACCCUGAUGCCACAAGGGCUGCCAAGCAGAAGAUUACUACCCUUACCCAGUCUGGCACAUGCACAGACUACAUUACUAAGUUCAGAACCCUGGCAAUGGAACUGGACUGGAAUGAUGCAGCCCUUAGAGGCCAGUUUGCCCAUGGCCUCCACUGGGAGGUCAGCUGCCAAAUUGCUACCUGCAAGCACUGCCCCUGUACCCUCCUUGAGCUGCAAAAUGCAGCACUCAUCAUUGACAAUGCUCUCAGAGAAGAGCGCACUAGCCACCCACCAAGGGAUAAUAAGUCUAGCAAGCAACCCAACCCUGCAAGGGGGACAAGUACUGGCCAACAGGCCACAAGUUUGAGAAAGCUCUCCAACAACCCUAACUACAUGUUGGAAGAGGAACAAAACUGCUGCCACGCUGCUGGUGCCUGUAUCAAAUGCAGAAAAAUGGGCCACAAGUUUGCGGAAUGCUGCACUGGCUGGAAGGGGACCCCAAUCAAGGGGCCAAAAAAGAAGCUGCCAAGAUUGGCAAAGAAUCUGGACCCACUUUGGGAAAAGAUUAAGGGUACCUGCUGCUGCGUGCAAGGACCCCAAGGACUCUGGACUGGCAUCUGA